AUGCAGAAGCAGACAGAGGCCGCUGAAACGAGAAGCAGGCCCCAGGGCGCCCGCCAGCUAUUGGGUUAUGCGGUGGGGUUGACUGCACUGGCCGAAGUGCUGCUCUGGCAACUGUUUCGCUUGAUUCUUGCAGUGUUCUGGAAGCGGGAGCCAAAGCAUGGGAGGCCAGACGCUGGCCGCGUGCUCGAGGCGGAACUAGCGGCAGCCCGUGACAUAUACGACAUGUGCCGUCUUUUUGGGGUUUCGCUCAGGACACAUAUGGUACGCACAGAGGAUGACUACCUGCUUGCGGUGCACCACAUUCCCGCGAGCGAGGCGGGCGCGCCAGUCGUGUACCUGCACCAUGGCCUCAUGAUGUCCUCGGACAUCUGGUGCUGCAGGCUCGACCGGCAGGAUAGCCUUCCCUUCGUGCUCGCAGCAAGCGGUUACGAUGUUUGGAUGGGCAACAAUCGCGGUAACAGGUACUCUACCAAGCACCUGCGCUGCGCGCCGCAUGACGAGCGCUUCUGGGACUUCUCGCUGGACGAGUUUGCGCUGUUUGACAUCCCCAACACAGUAGACUACAUUCUCGCUGCCACCGGCGCCCGCACGCUCACCUGUAUCGGGUUCUCCCAGGGCAGCGCUCAGCUCUUUGCCGCGCUGUCUGUGCACGCAGGGCUCAAUUGCAAAGUUUCGCGCCUUGUGGCCAUUGCCCCGGCGAUGACCCCGCCCGGCAUGCACCACCGCCUCCUGGACUCCCUCAUCAAGUUCACGCCGAAUCUGACGUACCUGCUGUUCGGCCGCAAGGCCCUGUUGUCGAGCACCGUGCUGUGGCAACGCCUGCUCCCACAUGGCGUGUUUGACGCGCUCAUAGACCGCGCCCUGUGCCUGCUGUUCGGCUGGCGCAGCGCCAAUAUCGCCCCCGAGCAGAAGCACGUGUCCUACUCAAAGCUGUACUCCACCACCAGCGUCAAGUGCAUCGUGCACUGGUUCCAGAUCCUCAGGGCACAGCAGUUCCAGUUCUUCCACCCUUCAGACUGCCUUUUCCACAGCGUCGCACGGCCUUAUGCUGUGGCCCACUUCCCGACCAACACCUCCAUCACAGUCCCUACCAUGCUUAUAUAUGGCACCUCAGACUCCCUAGUGGGCAUCAAUGUCUUGCUGAAGAACCUGCCUGGGCAGCGUUUGGACAUCGUCGCUGUGCCGGGUUACGAGCACUUGGAUCUAUUAUGGGGGAGAAAAGUUCGAGAGCUUGUCAUCAAGCCUUUGCUGGCUCUUCUCGAUCACGACAGCCGCACUCGUGCAGAGGAUAAAGCGAGUUCCUGUCAAACGGCGGGGCACCAAGUAUGA